GGAGUAAACGCAUCCCCGUCAUCAGGAGUUGCUUCGUUUAAUUACAGGAGUCGCGUCAUUACGCAUUCCUCAGCAGGAUCUGCGCAUCUCCGACUGCAAACUGCUCUCUGCUCUCCGCCGGAGCGAUGUUUUCAAUCCUCCUGGCCGGCAGAAAGCUCUCAUAGUCAUGCCCGAGCGACGACUGGCGACGCGUUUCAUCUGAGAUCCCCACAUUUCAAGUAGGAAAAAAAAGAAAUGGAACAGCGGCUCUCCAAACCAGAAAGCAAAAACAUGGACGCGUGUCUGAGGCGACUGAAGCAAGAACUGGUGUCUAUGAAAGAAGCCGGAGAUGGCCUCCACGCUCAGAUGAAUUCAAUGAUGGGAGCCCUCCAGGAACUCAAGCUCCUUCAGGUUCAGACAGCGCUAGAAAACCUCGACAUUUCGGGUCGACCCAUUAACCGAGGACUCCCACAUCCUCCUCCGCCAGCUGCUCCUGAGGCAGCAGCUACAGCAGCUUUGACCACAGGCAGCCAAACCAUGCCCGAGGAGCCCAGCCAGAGUCCGAGGCCGUCUCUGGAGAGCAGAUACACCUUCAGUCGAGAUGAUAGGAGCCCGUCUCAAAACAGAAGCAGCCUGGGAACCUCGUCUUCCUCGGCAUCCAGCCUUGAGAGUGAGAGCGAGAGAAGUGAGAGAAGCGAGAGAAGUGAAAGAAGCAAGAGAAGCGCACGAAGCGCGAGAAGCGAGAAUGACCUUGAGUCUAUACCCAGGAGGUGGUCAGGGUACGCUGCCCCGCAGGUGGAUUUCUAUGGACCAAUGGUGGGAAACCCUCCACCAGGGCCCUACCUUCAUCCACAGGCUCCCCAUCAUGCUCAGGUGGUGGACCUGCCUGGGAUCCUGUACAGCCUUUCUAGGGAGGGCCCUUCAUUGGACAGCGACUACUCCCAGGACAGCACAGACGACGGCAGCGACUGGACUUCUUCGCUCAUGAGCCGCAGCCGCAACCGUCAGCCCUUAGUGCUGGGGGACAACGUCUUCGCCGACCUCGUGGGCAACUGGCUGGACCUGCCCGAGGUGGAGAGGGAAGAGGGAGAAGAAGAGGAGAGGAGGAAGAGGAGAGAGGAGAGGAUAGCGGACGGAGGGGCGGACAGACCGGACACCCCAGCUCACCCUCUCCGGCUCAGCCGCUCGCAGGAGAUCUGCAGGAAGUUCUCCUUAACCACAAACAUCUUCAAGAAGUUCCUGCGCAGCGUCCGGCCCGACAGGGACAAGCUGCUCAAAGAGAGACCCGGCUGGAUGGCUCCUGAGCUGCCAGAGGGCGACCUCUUCAAAAGGCCGAAGAAACUGGUUCCUAAAAGCGCAAAAGGCAGCUUCUACCUGCCGUUCUGGGCAAACGGACAGCAGGGCAAAGGCAGGCUGUGCCCGCAUUUGGCUGAAGCAGAGAGGAACCACCAACACCACUUCCCCCAGGUCCACCAGCAGCCAUUCUCUGGGAUUUAUUUAGACAGGAGACAGCCAGAGACUGGUCUGGAGAAAAUGCAGCCCUUGUUUGACUACAACACAGCUGUGUGGGUCUGAAAGUGAGGCCAACAGACUGCCAGUGAUGCCAGGCCGAGUGAGUGACAGGUGCAGGGGGAUUUUUGGCUGUGCUGGAGGGGAAUGAAUGAAUGAUUGAAUAAGAGGCUCAGAUACAGUUAUCUUCCAAAAAUGAACCGUUGAACUUCACACCCACAACGAGAUUAUCAGGGCAACAUUCUGUCUGACAAUCCCAAAACCGAAACCUCGUUUGCUGUGCGUGUCUGGGUGUACGAGUGUGUGCUGGAGAGUGAGACAGCUGGAGAGAAACAUUAUGCUGCAAGUUUUCUAUUAUUCGAGUUUCUUCUUAUGUGUAUGUGCGUGUGCGACUGGGUUCUCUGGAUGUCUUAAAAGACGGUACUUUAAAAUGGACAUCUUCGUCAGAAUGUCACCAUCAUCACAGAUCUUUAUAAAAGCAUCCACAGACUUUUUCACUCGUAUGCUUACAGGACAUGCUCUCAUAAAUCUCACUUCUUUGCAUCUAUGAAUAGAAACACCAACUGUCGGAUUGCAUGGUGACCGUUUUUAUAAGCGAUGCUACAAAACAGCUGUUACUGAAUGCACUGCCACUAAAACACAGUCAUAAGCUCCUUUUUGUUUCCAGAAGGCCUUGACGCCUUGGAAACUCAGGUUUAACUGAACCCGCCGGUCUCAUUCACCUUGCUCAGGGAAUGAAUGGUAAGCAGGAGUAACCUAUGAGACACUGCCGCAUUUAAAUGGCUUUCAAAUACAGUUUAAGGGAGUCUUGCCUCAAAAGACAGAACAGCAAUACAGUGCAUGACUAGCUCAAAGACUGCACAUUAAACUUGAAAUGAGAUUUGUCCCUCGUAAUCAGCAGUGUUGUGCUUGCUGUCAUGUUAGAAAUACUCUUUUUUCCUCUCUGCCAUGUUGACAUGGCACAUAUUGAGUCAACUGUCAGUCCUCCUGGGCUGUUAUGCAGAGAGAGGAGGGGGUAAAGAUGGCACAGCCAGUACUGACUGCCAUCUGGUACCCGGUCGUUAUGUAAAGCUCAUUCUCGACAGGCAGGAGAUGCAGAACGGGCUCGUUUAAUCCCAAAGCUUUGUGGAUGAAGUGAAUUAUGACGAUGGUGUUACAUACUGUAUAUACACACACAGGUGAAAACAUUACAGGGCUGUAACAGUGACGAGACAGUCGAGAGUGGAGGUAAAGCCCCGUAGUCUCUGCCAGACAGGAUCGAGUUCAAUGUACAGAACAUUGUACAUAUUUGCCAUCAACCAAACUGCAGCAAUAAUGAACAUUUAUUCUAAUAUCCCACCGCAUGGUUUUCAUUAUUCUGCGCAAAUAUGUCACAGUAAUAUUACAGUUCUUACCAUAAAUAACAGCACCACCACACCUGUAUUUAAACCACAGACUGAGGGGUUCAUCCUUGACUUACAGUAUCUCUUCUCUUGUAUCGUAAUAAACUGCUUCAGUGUUUUUCAUUUCAGCCAGUAUCAUAAACGUCGAAAAGAAAACUACAGCUCUCUUCACAAAUUCACAUGAAUAUCAGGAUUCCCUCAGGAUCACACACGAUACUGCCCGCUCUGACUUAAAAUACUGUGUUUUUAUAGAGGACCACUGUUAUGCAAGGACAAUCUGACACUCUAACUUCUUAUUGUUAUGGAAAAGCAGUUAAUUUCACUCACUUUUAAAAGUGAUCCCAGACCAAUCAACUUAGCCAGCAGGGAUUAGGCCUUAGGUCUUCUGAGUGUCUUGGCCAGUCGAUCCAUAUGGUGUUGUCUCAGUAUUCAGGUCAAUACAUACAGCACGUUCAGAGGGUCCUACACACACACGGUUUCUGCCAUGGGGCACAGUCUGAGAUGUCACACCACACAGUAUGUGUAUGUAAAUGUAACAUUUAUUUCUUCUCCUACUUACAGUUGUCUAGGUGUAAUUUUCAGCACUGUUGUUGAUUUUUCAUCAGGGUUCUGCGAACCUUCAGUGGUGAUUUUGUGUCAUGUGCACUGUAAAACUGUCACUGACUCUUUGUAAAUUA